CAGGUCACACUAUUUGUGGUUCACAACCUUUUGUGGUUCACUUGUGGUCAUGUGGGCAGUAAACACAUGAUUGACUUCUCCUAUUUACCUCACCACCGACCAAGAAAAGGAUGAAUACUUUUGUCGUUUAUAUUUUGCUGUCUGGCUGUUUUUUGUCUAUUUAUAGUUCAAGUAACUAUUUUGCCAUACAACAAGACUUUGGUUAUGUUGAUGUACGUGACAAGGCUCACAUGUUCUGGUGGUUACAAUACACUCAGUCUAUGCAGGGAUACCAACAAGUUCCUCUUAUCAUGUGGCUACAGGGAGGACCUGGAGGAUCUAGUACAGGGUUUGGUAACUUUAUGGAGUUAGGACCUUUGGAUGUCAACAUGAACCCUAGAAAUACAACUUGGCUGAAGUUAGCCAGUCUGUUGUAUGUUGACAAUCCUGUUGGAGCAGGAUACAGUUAUGUAGAUAGUGAUGAUGCCUUAACUACAGAUGUCAGUAUGAUUGCUGCUGACAUGAUGGUCCUCCUGACAACUUUCUUCAACAGUCCUACAGGUAAAAACUUUCAGAAUGUUCCAUUUUACAUAUUUUGUGAGUCAUAUGGAGGCAAAAUGACAGCUGCUAUCAGUAAAUCCUUAUAUCAGAAUAUGAAUGAAGGAACGAUAAAGGUGAAUUUUAAAGGUUUAGCUCUCGGUGAUUCAUGGAUAUCUCCAGUAGAUUCAACUGUCAACUGGGCUCCUUAUAUCUUAACUAAUUCUAUUAUAGAUGAGAAAGGAUUUUACAAAAUAAAUGAAGCGACAGUGAAGAUGACAAAGAUGAUUGAGGGAGGAAUGUGGAAAGAGGCCACGACACAAUGGGGUGUCAUACAGGAUAUCUUAGAGACAGAGAGUAAUGGUGUCAACUUCUAUAACAUGUUAGCCUGGGGAGGAUCAGAAGCUGGGCUUAAAUAUUCAAAUAAUCACAAAGAAAGAAUGAUAAACAGAAUGAUUGGUGCUUUAAGAACAGACAAACUAACAGCAUUAAUGAAUGGAAAAGUAAAACAGAUGUUAAAUAUACCAGAGAAGGUUGAAUGGGGAGCCCAAUCAUCAAAAGUGUUUAUGUACCAAGCAGAAGAUUUUAUGAAGCCAGUUGUUGAUAUAGUUGACUAUUUGAUACAGAAUACAAGCCUAUCAGUUGUAGUGUAUACUGGACAAUUAGAUAUAAUUGUAGCUACACCAGGUACAGAGAAGUGGAUUACACAGCUUGGUAUAUAUAAAGAUUACUACAAUGCUACAAGACAGCCUCUUUAUGAUCCUUAUACCAAACUAACGACAGCAUUCUAUAAAUCUGUUAAAAACUUCUCUGUCUACUGGAUACUAGAUGCUGGUCACAUGGUACCUAUGGAUAAUGGAAAUGCAGCACUAGAAAUGGUCAGAAGGAUUAUUAGCAAAUGAUGCAAAUAGAGAUAAUAGAAAUAAUUAAGAACAUUAUAAACAUUCCAUAUAUUGAUUUUCAUUGAAUAUUUGUUUCUUGCCUUGAUGAUAAAUUUUGUUAGAAUCCUAUGGACUGAUAAAUUCAUGUCUCACUCCAUCCCCUUGCUAAGGACAUAUACUUUUACCAACGAUUUUGAAAGUUUGAAUGAAUUAAAAUGGUUAGUGGGUAAGAAAGAGAUGUAAGCAUCAUCGAGAAAGUAAGAUUGAAAUUCGAUAUACUCUCAACAGAGACUGAAAACUUUACUUUCAAGCAUUUUAUAUCCUGAUAGCAAGAUGUUUAAGGCAUUUUCCUAAAUUUAAUUUACCAAUCAUGCUCAUCCUGUUCAUAGCUUGGUAAAUACCAACAACAGUGUCUGCAUUUACAGUAAAAAGAUUGGUCUGAAACAACAAAAUUCAAGAAUAAUUCUAUGGAGAGUUCAAAUUUAUACCUAAUUCCUCUAUUCACUGUUAUGAAAUGUAAUACAAGACAAAGAUUUUAAUGAAGGGAGAUAAUCUGAAUUGACAAGACUCAGUAUUAAAGAUUUAUGACGAUUUGCUUAGCAGCAAACAUCAUAUACAUGAUUGAAAAAAGAAUUCACUGAAAUCAGUAUUACAUAUGAGAAUUGUGAACAGAUAUAUCAUGUUAUGGAGGGGUAUUUUUUGCAAAUAAUUACACCGAAUAAAUUUUAAUUUCAACUCUCUGUACUAGGAAAAAGAUAUAUUUAUUUGAGGACAAGUGCUAUCAUAAAAUAAACCUCGGUACCCAUACAUGUACUUAUACGCAUUCGCAAUGUCUGUAUGUAACUUGAUAUCCGAAAAAAAUGUUGGGAAGAUGCUUGCAAGGGUAAAAAAGGAAUAUCCAGAAUGGCAAAUACCAUGUUAUUUGAGGCAUAUUCACCUGCAGUGGUGAGAAACAGUCAGAUUUGUUUGAAAUGAGGAAAAAAUGUUAGAAUAUGCGAAAAAUACACUGGCUAUCAGCCAAUCAAAAGCUGGCAUUCUUAUAUAAGGUGUAAUUAUAUACUUUAUAUCCUUGAAUGGAGAUAGUUCUUCUCUCAGACAGCUGAGAAUGCAGCAUAUUCCCCAUUUCCUUUCUCAAUUUUAUACAUUAUGAGUGCAUUUAUUCUUAAAUAAAUCUGUUGUUAAAAAAAAUGAUGAAGUUUUAACCGUCUUAAACAGAGCACCUGUAAUUUUCAGCAGAUUUCAAUUAGGGUAUUUCAGUUAACAUUGAGGAUACAGUAAAUACAGAAAUAUUGAGAGCUUCAUUUAUAAGGAAUUUAAAAGAAUUGACAGACGUUGGAUUUAAGUAAAUGUGUAUCAGGUAUCAGAAUGCAAGUUAUUAUUGUGAUACUUACACAAUUGCAUUAUUUGCAUCAAUGGAAACCUAUCAAUAAUUUCAGAUUGCAUAAUAUAUUUAUUCUUAAAUUGAUUGAUUGUAAAAUUAAUCUAUCUAGUAUGGUAAAAUUUAAGAAAAUUGAAA